AUGGCCCCGCCCCCGGGGCGCACUCGCGCCCCGACCCUGUCCGCGCGCGCACCCAGCCCUGCGCGGAAGCGGGUCCCUGGGGCGCGCGCGCGCGGGCGCGCGCCGCCGCCAUUUUGGAGCGAUCUAGCCCGCGGCCCCGAGCCGGUCCCGAGCGGGUCUCGAGCCUCCCCCCGGCUGCGCCCGACUCCGAAGGCGCCGCGCUGCGAGGCCGGGCCCAUGUGCGUGCGGCCCGCUCCAGGCCGUCCGCGCUUCACCUCCGCGAGCGUCCUGGCCUCCCUGGGGCCUCGGAGGAGCCGCCGCGACCCCCAGCCUGCGGGGCAGGUGAGUGCGGCCGCGCGCCUGCUGCUUCCUCUGGCCCUGGGAGAGGAGGGACCCCUUCUCCGUCAGUCAGCGUCCUGCUGUCACUCAGCGCCCAGUCAGUGGCUCAGCGUCUUUGUCACCCUGCGCUUCGUCGAGGGUGAUUCCCCUUCACUUCUGCAGUUCAGCCAUUUGGAGCAGACCCACCUAAAGACUGCCUUCUGUCCUCUAUUUACUCAGGACUUGUUUUUUAAGUACACCUGGAAUAACUUUUUGCACUUCCAAGUGGAACUAUGCAUAGCCGCUAUUCUUUCCCAUGCUGCUCGGGAGGAGCAGGCAGAAGCCAGUGGAUCGGAUGGCAAGGCGGAGCCUCUGCGGGGGAGUGGAGAUGGGAAUGAGAAGCUGGAGACCCCUCCAUCCAGCCAUCCUCCAUCCAGCCUUCCUGAGAACAUGAUGGUGACCCAUCUGUUCCAGAAGUGCUGCCUGGUACAGAGGAUCCUGGAAGCCUGGGAAGCCAACGACCACACACAGGCGGCAGGUGGUAUGAGACGUGGGAACAUGGGCCACCUCACGCGGAUUGCCAAUGCAGUCGUGCAGAACCUGGAGCAGGGCCCAGUACAGACCCACAUCAGUGAGGUCAUCCGAGGGCUCCCUGCAGAUUGUCGUGGGCGCUGGGAGAGCUUUGUGGAAGAGACGCUGAUGGAGACCAACCGGAGGAACACUGUGGACCUGGUGAGCACUCACCACCUUCACUCCUCAAGUGAGGACGAGGACAUUGAGGGUACUUUCCCUAACGAGCUGUCCCUUCAGCAGGCCUUCUCUGAGUACCAGAUCCAGCAGAUGACAGCCAACUUUGUGGAUCAGUUUGGCUUCAAUGAUGAGGAAUUUGCAGACCAGGAUGACAACAUCAAUGCCCCAUUUGACCGGAUUGCAGAGAUCAACUUCAACAUUGAAGCGGAUGAGGACAGUCCCAGUGCAGCUCUGUUUGAAGCCUGUUGCAGUGAUCGAAUCCAGCCCUUCGAUGAUGAUGAAGAGGAGGACAUCUGGGAGGAUGAGGAGACUCGAUGCACUGCCCGGGUGAUGGCCAGAGCCAGGUUUGGAGCCCCGCAUGUCUCAGAAAAUUACUCAAAGAAUGCCUUGGAUCAUGGAGGCCAGAACAGGAAGGCUGGCUCGGCAGCAGCUAAGAAUAUGCCUGGAUUAGCCACCCCUUCAUCUAUACAGAAAGAAGGUCCUCGCUCAGAGAGUGAUUCAGCAGGUACUACAUGGACAGCAGUUUUUGAUGAGCCAGUGAACCUGACGUCUGCAGCCCCAGCAGCUGCAAGGGAUGUGGGUUCUAGUGUAUGGGCAGCUGGUCCCUCAGCUCCAGAGGAAAAAGGCUGGGCCAAAUUUACCGACUUCCAGCCUUUCUGCUGCUCUGAGUCAGGGCCCCGGUGCAGCUCUCCUGUGGAUGUGGAGCACAGCCCUGCUGUGGGUGGCCAGAGUCCAGGCACAGAGUCCAGGCACAGUCCAGGCACAGAGAAAGCCUUUGGUCCUACCUCGCCUUGUGCCUGGAACGUGUGUGUCACCAGGAAGGCCCCACUGGUAGCCUCCGACAGCAGCUCCUCUGGGGGAUCUGACAGCGAAGAUGAUGAGAAGGCAGCGGCGGGCAAUGUAGAAGCUGUGUGCACAGGUCAUGGUGGAAAGCCCUCCCCACUACCCAGGACAGAGGAGGCUGCUGCUGGCAGGGCUGAGGGUAACGACAGCACCGUGUUGGCCCCUGCCUGCUCUGCAUCUUCAGAAGUGACCGUCAGUACUGCUGUGGCCACCACAGCGCCAAGCAAGGCAGGCCCUCCCACAGCCACCGUAGUCUCUUCCUCAGUGGCUACUGCAGUCCCCCCAGGGCCAAUCAUGGCAGUAAACACAGCAGCCCCAGCCAUAGUUGCCACCUUGGGGACAAUGACAAAAGACAGGAAGACGGAUACCCUGCCAGAAGGAACUGCCUUAAAUGGUCCUGUGUAACUGCUGCCACCCAGCUAUGGCCCGCCCUGGUCAGGCUGCUUCCUUAAUCAAGAAAACUACCUGGUGAUGCAAAUUUUUUUAAUUUAACUUUAAAAUAAAUGCUGCAUUUGGUAAAGAUGGCAGUGGAACCAGUUGGAUGACCCAACUCCUGUCUCUCCUGCCUGCCUGCCCUUGGUCCCGUUGGAAGACGGGACAGCCCUGGUCACUGCCGGGUCCAGGUCUCAGUGUGGCAGUGAGGCGCCUGAUGUGCAGUUUGCACCUGCAGGAGUUGGGGAGGGAACAAGAUCCUGGGGUGCCAUCAGAUGGACAGGGAGGGCGAGACCUCCAGGCUCUGGUUUCACUUGUUUGACGCAUGGAGGAAAAGCCGUUUUUUUUUUUGCACUUUGUACCCAGCUACAGUACAGGGUCUCCCUUGGCUCAAGGCAGAUGAGAAGGCCUGAGCUGGAGAGACCUGAUCCCCACAAAAGCAUGGGGGUCUGGCACUAGUUUGGCCACAUGAGGUCAAACCAGUUCUAGCUGCCCAGGGAGUCCUGGGAGCUGGCAUUGAAUCAGGCUACAAAUUUUGACUGCCUUAAAAACAAAAGACCCUCUGGACCUGAUGGAGUUGUCUCUGCUCAGCAGGGCAGACUGGACACUUGGUUGGAUGGUUGGAGGUGCCUGAUGGUAACCAACAUCAGACAUGUGAGAGUGGACACAGCAGGGCGUGAGGAGGCUCAGACACAGUGCAGGCCCAUAUUGUCCAGGAAGAGUCUAAAAAGUCUGUUGUUUUUUUUUUUUUUUUUUUUUUUUAAAUGUUCUGACCUUCUGACAGGGCAUCCAACCCCCAAUAAAAAGUAUCAUUCUUAC